AUGACCGCUCCCGCCUACAACCUGUCGAAAUUCAUCGGAAAAAUCAUACAAAAUUCCAUUGAUAGUCCAUACAACAAAAAAGAUUCGUUCACGUUCUGCAACUUUAUCUGCUCAGUUACACUGCCACCAGACUAUAUUCUAAUUUCUCUAGACGUCAUAUCGCUGUUCACAUCAAUUCCUAAAGCCCUAGUCACACACAACAUAAUAACACAAUGGGAGAAGAUCAAAGUUAAUACAAACAUAAACCUAGAUUUUUUCAUCGAAAUAGCUGAAUUUUGUAUCGAAUCAUGUAUCGAAUCAAGUUACUUCAAGUACAACGAACAACAUUUCCAACAAGUGUUUGGAGCUGCAAUGGGGAAUCCUCUCUCGCCCAUAAUAGCAGACUUAGUUAUGGAAACACUACUAGACACAGUAACACAGUCAUUAAAUUUCAAACCUCCGUUCAUCAAAAAAUAUGUAGACGAUCUCCUACUAGCAAUUCCUGAAAGUCAAAUAGGCCAUGUACUAGAAACAUUCAACAGCUAUAAUGAACAUAUUCAAUUUACAUAUGAAAUGGAAAACAACAAACGACUACCGUUCCUAGACAUGACACUGAUAAGACAGGAAAACCAAAAAAUUCAAACAGAAUGGUAUAUGAAACCGAUAGCCAGUGGCAGGUUCUUGGAUUAUAACUCGUUCCCCCAGGAGCUCCAUCAAAAAAUAAACAUGGCCAAAAAUUUCAUUCGACGAGUCGACAAACUAUCCACUCAUUUACAAGACGCCGACAAAGCCCGUAUCAUCCAUCAACAAUUGAGUCUCAACAACUACCCAAAAUCGCUCAGGAACAGAUUCAUAAACCGCAGGCAAGAAAACAUUAUUACACCACAAGAAUCAUCCGAUGAAAACCUGAAAUAUACUUACCGUUCAAUAACAUACAUUCCAUACCUGUCGAACAGAAUCGACAAACACCUGAAAAACGAAUACAAAAACAAACGACUAGCACACCGCAACACAAAAACAGUUGGACAAUUACUCACAAAUGUUAAAGACCCCGUCCCCCAGGAGCACCAAAACAACGUCAUAUACAAGAUACCAUGCAAAAACUGCGACGCCUGCUACGUCGGAAUGACAACAAACAUGCUUAAAACAAGAAUCAGCGGACAUCGAACGUACUACAACACUUGGGACAAACUACUACAGCAAGGCUACAACGCAACAGAUCCACAAAUUAGUUCACUAAAAGAAAAAAACAGCACUAAUGUACCACAGCAUCACACAAAAUCACAGAUUCGAUUUUCACCAAACGAAAAUUAUAGACAGACACGAUAA